AUGACCGACCAGAAUGAGAUAGAUGUGGAUUCUAUCAUCGAGAGGUUGCUUCGGGUUAGAGACGACCGGCCUGGUAAACAUGUUCAACUUCAAGACUCGGAGAUUCGAAAUCUCUGCCACAAGGCGCGUGGAAUCUUCAUCGCCCAGCCCAUAUUAUUAGAGCUCCGAGCGCCCAUUCAGAUUUGCGGAGAUGUUCACGGCCAGUAUUACGAUCUCUUGCGUCUAUUUGAAUACGGCGGUUAUCCACCAAAUGCCAACUACCUGUUUCUCGGUGACUAUGUCGACCGCGGCAAACAGUCCGUUGAAAGUAUCUGCCUCCUGUUAGCCUACAAGGUCAAGUAUUCUGAAAAUUUCUUUAUACUCCGAGGAAAUCACGAAUGUGCGUCAAUCAACCGAAUCUAUGGCUUUUAUGAUGAAUGCAAGAGAAGAUACAACGUCAAACUGUGGAAGACAUUCAUUGAUUGCUUCAAUUGUCUACCGAUCGCCGCCAUCGUGGAGGACAAGAUUUUUUGUAUGCAUGGGGGGCUUAGUCCGGAUUUGAACUCAAUGGAGCAGAUCCGUCGCAUCAUGCGUCCGACAGAUAUCCCUGAUACCGGAUUAUUGUGUGAUCUCCUCUGGGCGGAUCCAGACAAGGAUAUCACGGGAUGGGGCGAGAACGAUCGUGGUGUUUCCUUUACCUUCGGCCCUGAUGUCGUCGCGCGAUUCGUUGAGAAACAUGAGAUAGACCUGCUCUGUCGCGCGCAUCAAUGCGUGGAAGAUGGAUAUGAGUUCUUCGCCAAACGGAAACUUGUGACACUGUUCAGUGCGCCAAACUAUUGUGGAGAGUUUGACAACGCGGGAGCGAUGAUGAGCGUUGAUGAGAGCCUGUUGUGUUCAUUCCAGAUUCUGAAGCCGACCGAGAAGAAAAAAUCGUUUAUUCCUAGGGGAUUAAAAGCAGGCAAAUCCACCACCUCUUCAGGUUAG